AUGGGCUAUCUCAAGGUCUUCUCCCUGUUCUGCCUCCUUUUGAUCAGCUCUGAGGGCGUGUCCGCUGCGAUUGCGCCCUCGUUGAGCCUGGAUCAGAUCUUCACACUGCAAGUCGUCCUAGGCAACACACUUGAUCCUAUCGACGUGCCUGGAGGUGUCUUAGUUGGUGAGUCCCCCAUCAAACCUAGUGCAGCUUGUGCUGUCUUUGUGGUUGCUCGACGCUGUGUUGUUUCCGAAAAGCUUGUCGCUCGACGCUCACUUCAUGCAGUUGAACCUUUUACUGGAGGCAACGUCACCGGCUCCGCGAUCAAUGGAACCGUGCUACGCGGUCAAGCCUUUCCAUCAGAACUCACCUUUCCCAACAACGCCUCAGCUCGGGUUGCCGAGAUCGUGAUCUACGGGACAACUUUGCCCGACAAGCUUCCCUGGCUUGUCACUGUUCUCGGGUAUCGGGCCCUCAACGGGAGAGGUUGCUAG